GAGUACUCGUCAGUCAUGGGUCCUCCCGGGAAACAGGUUUGGACGUGGACACUAUGUGUCCUCCUGAGCUGGAUGUGUGUGAGUCAAGUGGUGGCUGGACCACAGUACCUGUUGGCCAUUCCUGGAACUGAUACUCGAUUCUGUGUGAGUCUCCUGCAGCCCAAUGAGACUCUGACCAUGACUGUCACUCUGAUGCCGGAGGAGAAGAUACUGAUGCAGAAGGAAUCCAACACAGUGUUCCAUCACUGUGUCAACUUUGAGGUGCCUUUAGUGGAACAUGGAGUGUUUGAAUUAGAGGUGAAGGUGGAGGGCGCCACAUUUCAUUCAAUGGAUGUCAAAAAAGUUAUGGCCAAAGUCUAUAAACCAAGGAUCUUCAUCCAAACAGACAAACCAAUCUACCUUCCUGGACAAACAGUGCAUUUCAGGGUGGUCACACUGGACUCCCAGCUGAGACCCUUAAAAGAAGUGUAUGAUCUUGUCGAACUUCAGGACCCCACUGAGAACCGUGUUGCACAGUGGCUGAAUGCGACAUCCAACAGUAAAAUACUGCAGCUUUCAUACUCACUGAACCCAGAAGCUCGUGAGGGAUCCUACCAAUUGUUGGCUAAAGUGGACGGGAGACAACAUUAUUACAAUUUUGUCGUGGAGAAAUCCGUUCUGCCUAAAUUUGAUGUAGAAGUAAAAACACCCCAAAGGGUUAGUAUUGGAAAAGAAAACGUUGAAGUCACAGCAUGUUCAAAGUACACAUAUGGACAACCUGUACCUGGCCAAGUCAAACUGAUGAUGUGCCGACCUUUAAAUAACUACUACUAUGGUAGUAGUAUUUCCAUAGAAGAGGUCAUCUUGCCAGAGUGCUAUAACGAGACAAAGGAGGCCGACAAAGAGGGCUGUGCUGCUUUUGCCGUCCCCAUGAAAUUUUUCAAGAAACUUGACAGUAAAAUACUGCGGGACAGGCUGCAUCUAAGCGUUGAGGUUGAAGAGGAAGGCACAGGCAUAACACGCAAAUACACAAAUAAUAUAGGCAUUGACUAUUCUAUUGGAAAGCUAUUGUUUAUUGACACACCCAAGUUGUACGAGCAGGGAUCAACUCUAGAAGGAAAGGUCAAAGCAGUUCACUACAAUGACACGCCAAUUGCUGACAUGGACCUCUACCUGUUCAAGGGCCCAAAAUGGUCCGGCAGGCACAUACAGAAUCUCACCACUGACCUUAAUGGUAUUGCGGAAUUCUCAUUGAACACAACUAGCUUCCUUGGGACCGUCACUCUCGCUAUUGACAACACUAUGGAACGGGAUUACAAACCAUAUGGAACUCCAUACUUUGAAGAGGGUGUACAUGAGGUGUCUGUGGUCCAGGCAUCCUCCCCUGACAUCAAAACAGUCAGCUCAGUGAAAGUCAAGAGCAAGGACAAACCUCUAUCUUGUGAAGAGGAGGAGAACUUCUCUGUGGAAUACACUGUAGUGGGAGAGAAACCAAGUUCUGCCACAUUAAUGUUCCUGGUCCUGUCCAGAGGAACCAUCGUCAGCAUUGCAUUUAGAGAGUUUGAUGUGAAUGAUCAAAGAGUGACUGAGGGUGAACUCUCCUUCAAGUUAUACAUCCGCCCAGAAAUGGCACCAGAAAUCCAGGUUGUGGUGUAUACCGUUCUUCCCAGUGAAACAGUGCUCGCUGACUCUGCUGACUUCUCCACUGAGAAGUGCUUCAAACACAAGGUGUCACUGGAGUUUUCCAAAUAUUCACUCGUCCCUGGAGAGGAGAGCAACAUGCAGGUAUCAGCAGAUGCAGACUCUCUGUGUGGCAUCAGCGCAAUUGAUCAGAGCGUCCUAAUCAAGGAGAGAAGAAAGGUUCUGGAUGCUGAAAAGUUAUUUCAAUUGUUGCCAGUCACAAAGAUAAACCAUAUUCCAUAUACAGUGACUGAUGAAGUGAGAUGUCUUCAUGUGAGACCAAAAAGAUCCAUUUGGCCAUAUCCUGGUGAGGGAGAUGACGCAUUCACGGUUUUCAAGAACGUAGGACUCAAGAUGCUCACAAACCUGUUUGUCCAAAUGCCACCGUGCCUCAAGUUCAGAGGCAGAGAAUACACCCGUGGCACAUAUCACCGACGUGUGGUUUAUGCAGACUAUGACGGUAUGGUUUCUCUAUCCCGUAUGGCUGCACCGCAAGGUCCUGUUCUCGGCAUCAGCGGUUCAGCGAUGAACCCCAUUGAACCUGAACCAAUAGUGACCGUUCGCAACUUUUUCCCUGAAACCUGGAUUUGGGACCUAGUGGAAGUUGGGUCUGCUGGAGUAAAGGAUGUGAGCCUCACUGUCCCAGAUACGAUCACCACCUGGGAGACAGAAGCUUUCUGUUUGUCCUCUCAGGGUAUUGGCUUGGCUCCACGUAAGAACAUCACCGUCUUCCAGCCAUUCUUCCUGGAGCUCACGCUGCCUUAUUCCAUAAUCCGUGGAGAGCAUUUUGAACUGAAGGCAACCACCUUUAACUACCUGAGCAGCUGCAUCAUGGUUAGCGUCAAGACAAAAGAUUCCCCAGAUUACACCCUCACCCCACUCUCUGGUGACCGGUAUACAUCUUGUUUGUGUGGAAGAGAGCGCAAGACGCUUAAGUGGAAAAUGGAUGCAUCAUCUUUAGGUGUUAUGAAUGUGACUGUGUCGGCCGAAGCUGUGGAAUCACACGUGUCAUGUAACAAUGACAUUGUGAGUGUUCCUGAGAGAGGUCGUAUUGAUGUGGUCACUCGCUCGCUCAUAGUGAAGGCUGAGGGCGUUGAGAUGUCAAAGACACACAACUUGCUCCUCUGUCCCAAAGGAACUGCUUUGACAGAGGACGUAGAGAUGCAGCUUCCGGAGAAUGUGAUCGUCGGUUCUGCACGUGCCACAUUAUCAGUACUGGGUGACAUCUUGGGUCGAGCCCUGAAAAAUCUGGAUGGACUCCUGAGAAUGCCGUACGGAUGUGGGGAACAGAACAUGGCGCUCUUGGCUCCCAACAUCUACAUCCUGCACUACCUGAAAAACACAGACCAGCUAACUCCAGCCAUCUUGGAUAAGGCCACAAACUUCCUGAACAGCGGCUACCAGAGACAGCUGAACUACAGACAUUCUGAUGGUGCUUUCAGUACCUUUGGAAAAGGACGAGGGAACACAUGGUUGACUGCUUUUGUGAUGAGAACAUUUGCAAAAGCUAAGACUUUCAUCUAUAUCGACCCAAAAGUUAUUAAAAAAACGAAAUCGUGGCUGAAACAAAGGCAACAGGAAAAUGGCUGCUUCCAAAUGAUAGGAACGCUUUUCAACAACAGAAUGAAGGGUGGUGUUUCUGAUGAAGUGACUCUCACUGCCUACAUCACUGCUGCCUUCUUGGAGAUGAAAAUUGAUGAUAACGAAAUGAUGAACAACAGCAUCUCCUGCCUCAAAAAUUCCACGAAUAACCUCAGUAACACGUACACUACAGCACUACUGGCUUACGUCUUCACCCUGGCAGGAGACAUGGAAACUCGUGCUCAGCUUCUGCAGCACUUAGACUCAGUGGCCUUAAAAAAAGGUGGUUUCCUUCACUGGGCACAGACAUCACAAGACACCUCAUCCUCUCUGUCUGUGGAGAUCAGCUCAUACGUGAUAUUGGCCAAACUCAGCGCUUCCCCCACUUCUGAGGACCUGGGCUACGUCUCUGGCAUUGUCAGAUGGCUGACUGGACAGCAGAACUAUUAUGGUGGCUUCUCAUCUACACAGGACACAGUGGUGGCUCUCCAGGCUCUGGCUCUUUACUCCACCUUGGUGUACAGUCCAGACGGUUCGAGCACAGUGACUGUCCAGUCCCCAAGUGGUGAACUGACAUUUGAUGUGAACCAGAACAACAAACUGCUCUACCAGGAGAAGAUUCUGCAGGACACGACAGGAAAGUACAGUGUGGAGGUGAAGGGCAACAGCUGUGCGUCCAUCCAGUUGUCUCUUCACUACAACAUCCCAACUCCUAAAGCUUCUUCAGUUUUCAACAUCAAUGUCACAACACAAAGCACCUGCCAAGCCAACAGCGGGGUGACUUUAAAGAUGGAGUCUCUCUAUAAGGGAGAGGAACCUCAAAGCAACAUGGUCAUACUGGAUAUCAAAAUGCUCUCUGGAUUUAUACCAAAUCCAGAGUCUUUGACACACCUCAAAAGAUCUCUAUUUGUGGAUCGUGUUGACAACAAGGAAGAUCACAUUCUGGUCUACUUAGAGAAGUUACCUAAAGAUAUUAGUAUCUUCCACACACUUAAUAUCAUACGUGAGCAGGCAGUGGAGAACCUGAAACCAGCUGUAGUUGCAGUCUAUGACUACUACCAGCCACAGGAACGGGCAGAGACUGAAUACACCUUGAAUUGUUAUCGUAAAUGAGAGCUGCCAAUCACCAGGAUCUCACUGCUGCCUCUGAAGGACCUGCAUUUAGAAAAAGACACAUUUCUUACUGACCUAAUGUCUAUCUGAUGCCAUACUGGUUCAGUCUCUAACUAUUGUUUUGUAUGUGUAUGGUGGAAAUGGUGGAAAAUAAAAUACCCUUUAAAUGUG